AUGGGGGCGUGGGUGGGUGGCGAAUCGAUCGCCCUCAACAUCACCGCGGCAGUCGUGACCUUCGUCUGCGCCGGCCUAAUAUUCCGUCUAGGAUGGAAGUUGUCCGAGGCGCGGGUGUGGCGGUUUAACUCCUUCGCGGACGUGAACAAGGCGGACUGGAGCGCAAGAAUAAACUCCACGAUCCACGCGGGCUUGGUGUGUACCCUGGUGACGAUCUGCCUCCUGACCAUGUCGUUCGACCCCGUGACCCUGGUGCCCUUGGGCUCAACGGUCCUCCUGGAGAUCACCUUUAGCAUCUCCAUCGGAUACUUCUUGUUCGACCUCAGCGUUAUCCUGUGGUGGAUGCUGCCCAUGUGGACCGUAUUCGUGGCGCAUCAUGUCGUUGCCCUGACCCCGUACGUGAUCACUCAGUUCUUUUACACCUGUCACCAGGGGCAGUACGUGCUGCUGCUCUUUUUGCUGGUGGAGGCUAGCACUAUGCCGCUGAACGCGAUGGCGUUUUUGGAAGACCUGGGGAGAAGACGAACACCGGAGCACCGGAUCGCGCACGGCGCGAUGUACUCGCUGUGGUUCGUGUUUCGGAUCCUGCUGCCGCUCUACCUGCUCCUGCUCAUCUGGACGAAGAUCGCUCAAAACAUUAGCACGGAGGAGGCAUGCUUGGUCCCUUCCAUGGUUUGCGCGCACAUCAUCGCGGUAUUCUGCAUUGGCGUCUUCUUCUUCCUGCUUACCCCCGAGGUUUACUGCCGCAUAAAGUACGGAGACAAGGACGACCCGAACGUCGACACGACAUCCGUCGGAGCGGCGUCGUCGGCGCCCGGCGCCAUGGAGCUGGGCGGGGGGGACGGCAGACGGGGGUCGACGGGGGGAGCGUACCACGAUCUGGACUCGGACGGGUCGGCGGCUGUAAUGCCGCUUUGA